CAGGGUUAUUCGUCUUCCUCCAUUUGAUUAUCUGGGCGUGAUUUUGUGAUUCAAUUAUGCUGACCAAGUUCGAGACCAGUAGCAACCAAGUUAGAGGUUUGAGCUUUCACCCUAAAAGACCAUGGAUUCUCUCCAGUUUGCACACUGGCGUCAUCCAGCUCUGGGAUUAUCGUAUGGCUACUUUGAUCGAUACGUUUGAGGAACACGACGGACCUGUUCGUGGUGUUCAUUUUCACCAUUCUCAGCCUCUCUUCGUCUCCGGAGGUGAUGAUUACAAGAUCAAAGUUUGGAACUACAAAACACACAAGUGUCUUUUCACUCUUCUUGGUCAUCUCGAUUAUAUCCGCACGGUUCAGUUCCAUCACGAGUGCCCUUGGAUUGUCAGCGCCAGUGAUGACCAGACCAUACGCAUAUGGAACUGGCAAUCACGGACUUGUGUCUCUGUCUUGGCUGGCCACAACCACUAUGUUAUGUGUGCUUCUUUCCAUCCAAAAGAAGACCUCCUCGUAUCGGCUUCCUUAGAUCAGACUGUCCGUGUUUGGGAUAUUGCUCCUCUCCGGAAGAACAAGACUCCUCCUGCUGAUGAAGACGACAUCAUGGGGUUGACUCAAAUGAACAGUGAUCCUUUUGAUGCCACAGUCAAGUACGUCCUUGAAGGUCACGACAGAGGUGUAAACUGGGCUGCUUUUCAUCCCACCCUGCCUCUUAUUGUCUCCGGUGCAGAUGACCGCAAAGUAAAGCUGUGGCGUACCAAUGAAACUAAAGCAUGGGAAGUGGAUACACUGCGAGGGCAUUCGAGUAACGUUUCGUCAGUUAUGUUCCACGCGAAACAUGACUUAAUUGUAUCCAACUCGGAGGAUAAGAGCAUCCGUGUCUGGGACGCUACCAAGCGAACUGAAAUCAAGACUUUCCGUCGCGAAAACGAUAGAUUCUGGAUACUCGCAGCUCAUCCCGAGACGAAUCUACUAGCAGCCGGACACGACAGCGGAUUGAUCGUCUUCAAACUUGAAAGAGAGCGUCCUGCGUUUGCUUUGAGUGGUGAUUCUUUGUUCUACGCCAAGGAUGGUUUCUUGCGUCGCUACGAAUAUUCAACUCAGAAAGACUCCCAAGUUAUCCCUAUACAGCGUCGUACUCCUGACAGUUCUCCAAGCUUGAAUCAGAGUCCUCGUCCAAGGACUCUAUCAUACAGUCCGACGGAAAAUGCAGUUUUGAUCAGCUCAGAUCUUGAUGGCGGUUCUUACGAGCUGUACAUCAUACCAAAAGAUAGGAGUGAGGAUGCGAAGAGGGGGACUGGUGGUGGUUCUGCCGUAUUCAUCGCCCGUAAUCGGUUUGCUGUUCUCGAUAAAAGCACCGGCCAGGAGGAGGUGGUGGUGGUGCUAGUAGUGAAGAAUCUAAAGAACGAGGUGGUUAAAAAGAUUCCUCUCCCUAUUCCCACCACAGAUGCUAUCUUUUACGCUGGGACCGGAACUCUGCUAUGUAGAUGUGAGGAUAAAGUGGUUACGUUCGACCUUACGCAAAGACUUGUCCUCGGUGAAGUUCACACACCGUCCGUUAGGCAUGUUGUUUGGUCUAAUGAUAUGGAGAGUGUUGCUUUGCUCAGCAAGCAUACUAUCAUUCUCGCCAGCAAAAAACUUGCCCUCUUGUGCACGCUCCACGAGACGACAACACGUGUGAAGAGUGGAGCUUGGGAUGACGACAACGGUGUCUUCAUCUACACUACUUCGAAUCAUGUCAAGUACUGUCUUCCUAAUGGGGACAGUGGAAUCAUCCGAACCCUGGAUGUCCCUAUCUACGUCACCAAGGUUUCGGGUGAUAAAAUCUUUUGCUUGGAUCGGGACGGGAAAAACAGGGAGAUCACCGUUAAUGCUAGUGAGUACAUGUUCAAGCUUGCGCUGAUGGGAAAGAGAUUUGAUCAUGUAGCGAGGAUGAUAAAAAGCUCUCGGAUAAGUGGGCAGGCUAUGGUUGCUUACCUGCAGCAGAAAGGGUUCCCUGAAGUUGCAUUACAUUUUGUUGAAGAAGAAGAAGGCGACGAGAGGGUCCGGUUCAACCUGGCUAUUGAAAGUGGAAACAUGAGUGUAGCUGUUGCGUCCGCUACAAAUAUUAACGAGGAAGAUUACUGGUAUAGACUUGGAGUGGAGGCUCUUCGCCGAGGAGGCAACUCUGGUAUCGUCGAGUUUGCGUACCAGCAGACGAGGAACUUCGAGAGGUUGUCUUUUCUUUAUCUUAUUACUGGUAAUCUUGAAAAGCUUUCAAAGUUGAUGAAAUUGAAGAAGGGCGUAAUGGGUCAGUUUCACAAUGCUCUCUACAUGGGAGAUGUUUAAGAGCGUACUAAGAUACUGGAGAACGCUGGUCAUUUGCCUCUAGCGUAUAUCACUGCUUCGGUUCAUGGUUUAGAGGAUAUUGCUGAGCGGCUUUCGAUGGCGCUGGGAGACGAUGUGCCGUCAUUGCCUCAAGGGAAAACUCACUCGCUUCUGAUGCCACCGACUCCCGUCGUGUGCGGUGGUGAUUGGCCUCUUCUGAGAGUGAUGAAAGGAAUUUUUGAAGGAGGACUUGAGAGUGCAAAUGAAGAAGAUGAUGUUGAAGAAGGCGAUUGGGGUGAUGCACUUGCAGAAGAAGAAGAAGAAGAAGAAGAAGAAGGUUCUGGAUGGGAGGGACUUGAGCUUCCACUACAGCUUGACACUCCUAAGGUGUCUGCCUUUAUGACACCUAGUCAAGGUAUGGCCGUAAGUCAGAUAUGGAGCCAGGAAUCUCUCCUUGCUGCUGAGCAAGCUGCAGCGGGAAGCUUCGACAUUGCAAUGCGUCUCCUCAACAGACAGCUUGGCAUAAAGAACUUUGCGCCUUUGAAAUCGAUGCUUCUUGAUCUGCUCAUUGGCAGCCAAAGCUAUCUUCCUGCUUUCUCUUCGUCUCCUGUGGUUCCACUCGCCGUUGAGCGUGGAUGGAGCGAGUCUUCCAGCCGUGGCCCACCAGCUCUUGUUUAUGAACUCUCUCAGCAAGAAGAGAAGCUCAAAUCUGGCUAUAAAGCUACAACGAGCGGGAAACUGACCGAGGCUCUCCGGCUCUUCCGCUCUAUCCUCCACACCAUCCCUCUACUGGUGGUCGAGUCAAGAACUGAAGUCGAGGAGGUUAAGGAGCUCGUCACCAUCGUCAACGAAUAUGUCCUCGGUCUUAAAAUGGAGCUUAAGAGAAGAGAGACCAGAGAUGAUCCAGUGAGGCAGCAGGAGCUCGCUGCUUACUUCACUCACUGCAACCUCCAACCACCUCACUUAAGACUCGCCCUGUUUAGUGCAAUGGGAGUCUGCUACAGGGCGAGGAACCUCGCCACUGCCUAUAACUUCGCCAAAAGAUUGUUGGAAACCAACCCAACGGAAAGCCAAGCCAAGACGGCUAGACAAAUUGUUCAAGCCGCUGGACGCAACAUGACUGAUGCAACCGAGCUCAACUACGACUUCAGAAACCCUUUUGUGAUAUGCGGGUCAACGUAUGUCCCCAUCUAUAGAGGACAGAAAGACGUGUCGUGUCCUUACUGCACUGCUCGGUUUGUACCGAGCCAGGAAGGAAACAUCUGUGCGAUCUGUGAUCUUGCAGUCAUUGGCGCGGAGGCAUCUGGUUUGCUAUGCUCUCCUUCUCAAGUCCGGUGA